AGACCUUAUAUAAAUAGAGAGAGAGAGCCAUAUAUAUGUAUUGAUCCUUCUCUAUAAAGCAAACCAAAUCUCAAAUUAAAAAGGUGGAUUAGUUUAGUCCAUCAUGAUAAAGAAUUUAAGCAAUAUGGAUUACAAUCAGAAAAGGGAGAGAUGUGGGCAAUACAUCGAAGCCCUUGAAGAAGAACGUCGCAAGAUUCAUGUUUUCCAACGUGAACUUCCUCUUUGCUUGGACCUUGUAACUCAAGCGAUCGAGGCAUGUAAGAGGGAGAUACCGGAGAUGACGACGGAGAAUGUGUAUGGACAACCAGAGUGCUCGGAGCAGACGACCGGAGAAUGUGGCCCAGUCUUGGAGCAGUUUUUAACCAUUAAAGACUCAUCCACCUCCAACGAAGAAGAAGAUGAAGAGUUAAUGGACGAUGAGCACGGUAAUCAUGAUCCGGACAUAACUGAUUCCGAAGACAAGAACACGAAAUCUGAUUGGCUUAAGUCUGUUCAACUCUGGAAUCAACCCGACCCUCUUCUUCCAAAAGAGGAACGGUUGCAACAAGAGACGAUGGAGACAAUGAAAAGAGAUGAGAGUAUGAGAAAAGAUCCGAUGAUGAACGGUGGCGAAGGAAGGAAGAGAGAGGCGGAAGGAAGAAAGCAAAGAAGGUGUUGGUCUUCGCAAUUGCAUAGACGCUUCUUGAACGCUCUUCAACACUUAGGUGGACCUCAUGUAGCCACGCCAAAGCAAAUAAGGGAGUUUAUGAAAGUUGAUGGAUUAACCAAUGAUGAAGUUAAAAGCCAUUUACAGAAAUAUAGACUGCAUACAAGAAGGCCACGCCAAACAGUUUCUAACAACGAAAACUCUCAAACGCAACAUUUCGUAGUCGUAGGAGGUUUAUGGGUACCACAAUCAGACUACUCUACGGGAAAGACCACCGGAGGAACCACCGCCAGCAGUACCACCACCACCACCGGGAUCUAUGGAGCCAUGGCCGCACCUCCACCGCCACAGUGGCCUAGCCAUUCCAAUUUUAGGCCGUCGAUUAUUGUGGAAGAAGGAUCGGGAAGUCAUAGUGAAGAAGUGGUGGUCAGGUGUAGCUCCCCGGCGAUGUCUUCUUCUACCCGUAACCAUUACGUCAAGAUUAAUAAUUAAUUUGUUUUUUUACUGCCUCUAAUGUUUUGGGUCGUCAUUUAAUAUACUUGUUUUGUUCUCUCCAUGUUAGAAUUUGAUACCGUGAUUAAAAGAGUGUAUAGAGUUUUGCACCGAACCAAUCUUUAUAUUUUUACUUAGGAUAUUUAUUCCAUAUUUAUUUUGCAGUU